CAAAGAGCACCUUCAUGUCAUUUCUGAGCAGUGUUGGGAAUGAGUCCAGCAGCACACAGCCCUCAUUUACCAUCUGACUAAAGGCUUUCUGAGCCAGCCCAACUGCAUAUCUGUCUUGCCCUGCUUCAACUUGUUCUGAUUUUUCUGGCUCCCACAUAGAUUCUCUGGCACUUGUAAACACAGACAAUUUGCAUGUAGGUUCAACUGCAUGCCAGCCGAACAUUGUGUGCGCUGCGGUUUAUGCUUUAAAAGUUAGAUGCGGCCAGGGUGGACUUCUCGCGUCUUGGAUAUCUUGUGCGAUUCACGAGGAAUGUUAAGCUUGUAAUUUUGAAGGCUUGAGAGAUUCCGGAGGCAAAUGUUACUUGGACUCUUUAGAGCGCCACAGGGCCGCGCAAAAACAAACAGGAGUUGCGAAAAGAACCAGUAUCGCGGUUCUCGCAGAGAGAACUGUCUUUUUGAAUGAAUUGGAGGUCCCACAAACAGAAACACAAACACCAUGAACUCCCAGGGCAGCUUUGGCAGCAGCUUUAUGUUUCAGUCCAUCAACGAUGAACUGAGCGCAUCUCUGGCCACGGCAGAUGAGCUUUCACGGGAAUUCAACUCUCUCCUGUCAGAAGCCACUCCUGCUGUGCAAACCACUACUUCAGAGAGUUCUGGCCCCAAAACCCAGAGCAGCAGCAACGGCAGUUUGUACAACGCAAACAAGAAUGGAAGCUCCUCCUUUUCCCAGAGCUCCAUGAGCAGUCUGAGCUCCGAUUCCGGCAUCAGCAGAAAAGAAUCCAACCUGGACCUUCCUCCCGCUGUCAAAAUUCGAUCUUCAUCUCCUGCACCUCUCCUAGACAGUAUGAAAUUCAAGCCUUCAUCUCCAAGUCCUUUAACCCAGCAGCAUUCCUCUUUUACAAACCGUAAAGACAGCUCGGAUUCCCGACAUCCCUUUGACCCAAUGACUCCCCCUAACAUGUCUCCUAAUACACUAAGACGAAUGACACAGAUGCCGCUGAGGCCUCAAGAUCGAAGCACAAGGGGAUCUUUGAGCUAUGGGGAGCUAUCCAGCCCUACCUAUGAAAGCAAAGCAUCUCGCACCUCGCUGCAGCCCCCAGCAAGCCCUUUGUCUUUGGCUCCCAGGUCUCCGAGGUUGGAUCGAGCACCUUCUCCUCAGCCUUUCAGUCAACCAGCAGUCAGCACGCUGCCACGCAACUUCCACCCAUUCAGACCCUUAGAAGAUGGAAUGCAGAGGCAAAAGAACCCCUCUAAGUGGAAUGAGAGCGACCUUGAUGCGUCACACGACAGAAAGCCUCACCACACGUAUGACAAGAAUGAAUGGAUCAGACCAUCUGUACCCAACAGCAACUGGAAAGAAUCAAACCUGGACGCACCUCCUGCCGCCAAGAAGGAUACUCUGCCCCGUUCGCUCCCAUCAUCUCACAGCUCGCUCCCAAGGAACACUCGUAUCUCAGUGCCCCCUGAACUCGCCUCGAGCACCAGCUCACCUUACGGCCCUCAGCCAAUCAUUUCCCGUAUCUCCAUUCCACCUGCAAGCACUGGAGUGCGUAAGCAGCGGCCCAUCCCGCUUUCUGUCAUCAUGAGGCUCCAGAACCCCUACUAUAUUGCGGAUGUUAGCAGAUACGCCCCUGGCCUGAUGGGAGAGCCCCAGCAAGAGAUCUUUCGCCAACAUCUUCCCCUGCCCCGAGAGUACCUGCGGCAAAAUCAGACACCUCAACCUCAGCAACCUCAGAGACAACCUCAGUACUACAGAGAAGCAGUACUUCACCCUGGAGAUGUUGAUGCUGAGCUUGAGAGACAGGACAAAACAGAAGGCCCUGACCAAGGCUUGAAACUAGAAGAAGAGGUUAAAGUGGAGAAUACAGAGAUGCCUCCUCGCCCUCUCAGCCCCACGCGUCUGCAGCCCGUGGUGGCCCCACAGGCGGAGUUGGACACCGACCUGGACGAAGUGAUGCGCAUCCGGGCCGAGUUCCCCAGGGCCCUGAAGAAACGCGGCUCGGUUGAAAUUCCUCAGACCCUGCACAACCUCCCCCUCCCCCAAUCGGCCAACCAUUACAAGCAAAUGAUCAAUAAACUGUUUCGCAGGAAGACCAUCCGUGUCAAAGAAGAGCCAGCUGGUGAAAGUAGCAGCUCUUCAGACGGGGAAGACUCUUCUAAAUCUGCUGUAUCCGUAGUUCCGGUACCAAUCACAGAGAUACACGUCUCUUCUGAACAGAAGGGUAUUCACUCUAUCUUGCGGAAGGGCAGCAAAGCCAAUAAAUCCUCCAGCCGUAGGGCUCACCUGAGCCCACUGGUGCUGAUGUUGGACGGGUCUUUAGUAGGGGAGUUAGAAACUGUACAGAGGGCCGCUCAGGAGGUGAGUGACCCAAGCCAGGCUAACGAUGAAGGCAUCACGGCGCUUCACAACGCCAUCUGCGGUGGACACUUCUUAGUGGUGGAGUUCCUCGUGCGGAUAGGGGCUAACGUCAGCGCUCCAGACAGCCAUGGCUGGACGCCCUUGCACUGUGCCGCAUCCUGUAACGAUCGGCAAAUGUGUGAGUUUCUAGUGCGGAACGGAGCGGCGGUGAUGGCCGUGACGGACAGCGACGGGGCCACAGCCGCGCAGAAGUGUGACCCCUACGCCCCGGGCUUCGAGGAGUGCGAGAGCUUCCUGAGAGGUAUGGAGGAAGCGAUGGGUGUGGAGAACAGUGGGGUGGUGUACGCUCUUUGGGGAUAUCCUGUCCAGGCUCCAGAUGAACUGAGCUUCAAAGAAGGAGACAUGGUGACCAUCCUGCAGAAACCUGAAGGGGUGGACUGGUGGUGGGCUUCACUGUGUGGCAGGGAGGGCUUUGUACCAAACAACUAUUUUGGGCUUUUUCCGAAAGUGCGGCCUAAAUCGCUGUGCUGAACGCAUCCGCAAACGCAGGCGACAACAGUCUGAAUGCAGGUUUCACAUGUGUAUUCUCUUCUUCCUUCCCUUUUAAAUUGUGUUUAAUGAAAAGAUAUGAUGGGAUUUUAAACGUGCACACUGUACAACUUUUCUCUAUAGACCACCGUGACAAAGUCGCUUCACUGGGAAUAGUGGUUAUACAGGUUUAUAUAGACUUAGCCAGCUGAAAAAUUGUCAUAAAAAUUGUAUAAAGCUAAGCAGUCUAUUUAAUUUGAGAACAGGGAUUAAGCGUAUGAGCAAACUGAACUGGAUUUAAUACAGAAAUGCAUUAAGUCUCGUAAUUUUGUUCGGAAAGGUUUGUUCUUUGUCUUGACUAAUGUUUUUCAGCACUGAGCAGGAAGGAAAUUCUUCAGACUAUCAGUAUUGCUUUUGUUUAUGAAUGCUUUGCAUGCAAGUGCAUCUGCUGUUAAUCAGUAACGUUGCAUAGAUACAAAAAAAGUUGUUUCAGAAAUGUAUUUGAAUAACUCGCGUCCUAACUCAGCUUUGGAUUAUUUACAGUAUUCCACGCCAAAACGUUAGCCUUUUUUAUGUAACUUUUAAACGUGUUUUUCCUGUCUGUUUUCACAGUGAUCUUUAUGUAUUAUGAAAUAUUGAGAGAAAGUUUCCUUCUCGAAACAAUGUACUAUCCAUGUGGGUUGUGAAUUACAUAUUUGCUUUGAUGUGAGGGAAGUUUGUUUUAGAGGGGUGUGUGUGUGUGUGUGUGUGUGUGUGUGUGUGUUUUAUUUGCCUCGUUGAAUCCACUGACUGUGACUGUUAAGAUAGAUUGUUACUCUCUGUAAUACUCUUGCACAAAAGGAUAAUAAAUACUAAUUGUAGA